AUGGGCGUCCUAACUCUUGUCCUUCUGGCGUCCGCCCUCCUCUCCGCGCACGCCGCGGAGAUGAAAACCCGCGAUGACCUAACCGGUGCCGGAGGUACCAACAAGCAAUUCAUCAACAACUACGACACCGUCACUCCUGCCGCUGUUAUCACCCCCCGCCCCAGGGACCCCGAGCCUGUUGCCGAGCCUGUUCCCGAGCCUGUGACUCCCGAGCCUGCGACUCCCAAGCCGGCUACUCCCAUCAACUCCGUCACCACUCCGAACCCCGUGUCGGCCUCUCAGGACGUCUUCACUGACGAUCCUUUUGGUAGCUCGAAACCGGCGCCCGUCGCCAACUCGGGUCCGUCGUUCGACCCCAACGACCCUCUGGGCGGCAGGGACCCUCUCGCGGGCGAUGACUCCAAGACCGGCAUGCAGACGACAAGCGCGACCGACUCUAGCGCGUAUGACGGCACAGCGCAGCCCAACCAGGUGAAUCAGGUGCCCCCGACUGUUCCCGAUGUUCCCGACAACGACACUGGCGUCGCGCAAUCGUCCACCUGCGACCCGUCCGACUUGGAUGGUUACACGUCAUCGUACCAGAUCACCAAGUACGGCCACGUGCUGCACUGGGCCGUGGUCUCUCCAACGGUCGUCAAAAUCGCCUUCGAGGCUAAGCGCGGCAGCGGCGCGGCGUUGGGAUGGGUCUCCGUGGGUUUCUCUAAGGACGGCAAGAUGUCGCCCGCUGACGCCAUUAUCGGUAACCAGCCAGACACGCCCAUUGCAGCCUACUCGACGACGGGUUACGAUGCGGGGUCCAUCACGGUCAAUAAGAACCUGUGGAUCGGCGACGAUGCGAGCCUCGUGACCAAGACCAACGGCAGCCUCAUUAUGAAGUUCCAGAGAACCAUCACGGACGGCGUUGCGCCCAUCUCCACGACUUCACCCGUCACCGUCAUCUGGGCCUUCUCCGCCGACAACACCAAGCCGCUCUCCUACCACGGCGAGAAGCGACGCGGCUCUUUCCAGGUUGACUUUUCAUGCAAUGGCGGCAGCGGCGUGGCGACGCAGCCGACGGCGCCGGUGCCCGUGCCGGUCCAGGGCACGGAGGUGACGGUGGGGUCGGCGUGCGAUGCGUCGACGCUCGGCCAGUACGACCACCAAGCUGAUCUCUACAACGGAAAGAUUCUGCUGCACUGGAAGGUUCUGCCGGGUCCCGUCUUCAAGAUGGCACUCGAGGCGAAGCGCCUCAGCGGCGCAGAGAACAGCUGGAUUUCCGUCGGCUGGUCGAACAACGGGGCCAUGGCGCCUGCCGACGCAGUCGUUGGUAACAUGCCUGGGAUCAAGGCGUACCGACUAGAUGGUUACAAGAUGGCAGAGCUCGUCAACGACACGUUUUCGCUCGGGCCGAACCCGUCGGUCACCACCUCGGCUACUGGGUCCACAGUUGUGAAGUUUUCCCGUACCAACGGGGAUGGCGGUUCGGUUCCGAUCAACCUGAGUGGCGAGACGUACGUCAUCUGGGCCUUCUCCCGCGGCAUGCUCGAGACGUUCGGUUAUCACGAAUACAACAGGGGUCUCGCCACGGUUGAUUUCGUCUGCAACAAAGCUCCCGCCAGCCUGAUGGGACCUGCCGACAAUGUGGCGACUAUCCCGGGUGCUAAAGUGGACAAGGAUCCUUACGCGGGCCUGACCCCUGCCGAGCGGGCGGACAAGGAGGCCCGCAGGGAGCGCCGCACAGCGCGCCGAGCACAGCGCGGAGCUAUUUUCCGUUCAUGGGCUGAUGCUGCGUUUGGCCUCCCCAAUCCCGCCCCGUCAACGAACCCAUCGACCUACCCCUAA